UUUCAGGGUUACCAGGGAAUGGUUGAUGGAGGUGAUAAUAUCGUAGAAGUUUCAUGGGAGAGUGUUUCAAGUAUCCUGCAAGUGGGUGGUACAGUUAUUGGUAGUGCACGCUGCAAAUCCUUUCGUACUCGGGAGGGCCGCCUGCAGGCAGCCUACAACUUGGUUCAGAGAGGAAUCACUAACCUUUGUGUCAUUGGUGGAGAUGGAAGCUUAACUGGUGCCAAUCUGUUCCGUGAAGAAUGGAGUGGACUUCUAGAAGAACUGGCACAGAAAGGAAAGAUUGAUGAAGAGGCUGUUAAGAAAUAUGCCUACCUUAAUAUUGUGGGAAUGGUUGGAUCCAUAGACAAUGACUUCUGUGGCACUGAUAUGACCAUAGGUACUGACUCAGCCUUGCACAGAAUCAUUGAAGUUGUGGAUGCCAUCAUGACCACUGCUCAAAGCCAUCAGAGGACAUUUGUUCUGGAGGUUAUGGGGAGACACUGUGGGUAUCUAGCUCUUGUUAGUGCCUUAGCCUGUGGUGCAGAUUGGGUAUUUAUUCCUGAAUAUCCACCAGAAGAAGGAUGGGAAGAUUCAAUGUGUGUUAAGCUUUCAGAGAACCGUGCACGAAAGAAAAGGCUGAAUAUUAUUAUUGUAGCUGAAGGAGCUAUUGAUUGCCACAACAAACCUAUAACGUCAGAGAAGGUUAAAGAUCUUGUGGUUCAGCGGCUUGGUUUUGACACUCGAGUGACUAUCUUAGGUCAUGUGCAGAGAGGUGGAACUCCUUCAGCUUUUGAUAGAAUUUUGGCAAGUCGUAUGGGUGUGGAAGCUGUGCUUGCCCUUUUAGAAGCUACUCCAGCUACCCCUGCCUGUGUCGUGUCCCUGUCUGGAAACCAGGCUGUCCGUCUGCCUUUGAUGGAGUGUGUGCAGAUGACUCAAGAAGUACAGAAAGCCAUGGAUGAGGGAAGAUUUGUUGAAGCUGUGAGGCUUCGUGGAAGGAGCUUUGAAAACAACCUUAACACCUACAAAUUACUGUCACACAAAAAACCAGAUGCCGAGCUUCCAAAGACUAAUUUUAACGUGGCAGUUUUAAAUGUUGGUGCCCCUGCAGCUGGAAUGAAUGCUGCAGUGAGAGCUGCAGUGAGAGUUGGCAUAACUGAAGGCCAUAAAAUGUUUGCUGUCAUUGAUGGAUUUGAAGGUUUUGCUAGAGGGAAGAUAAAGGAAAUUAGCUGGGGAGAUGUUGGAGGCUGGACUGGUCAAGGAGGAUCAAUUCUGGGUACAAAACGUACUCUUCCUGCAAAAUAUUUGGAGAAGAUUGCUGACCAGAUGCGCACUAACAACAUUAACGCCCUUAUGGUUAUUGGUGGAUUUGAGGCGUACCUUGGACUUCUGGAAUUGUCAGCUGCCCGAGAGAAAUAUGACGAAUUCUGUGUUCCAAUGGUUAUGGUUCCUGCAACUGUAUCCAACAAUGUACCGGGUUCAGAUUUCAGCAUUGGUGCAGAUACUGCUCUGAACACUAUAACUGAUACGUGCGAUCGCAUCAAACAGUCAGCCAGUGGUACCAAGCGCCGUGUAUUCAUCAUUGAGACCAUGGGUGGUUAUUGUGGUUAUCUGGCUAACAUGGGGGCCCUUGCAGCAGGAGCUGAUGCUGCUUAUAUCUUUGAAGAACAGUUUGAUAUUCGAGAGCUCCAGGCUAAUGUGGAACACUUGACUGAAAAAAUGAAAACCAGUAUCCAGCGUGGUCUAGUGUUGAGAAAUGAGAACUGCAAUGAGAACUACACAACUGACUUCAUUUAUCAGCUGUAUUCUGAAGAAGGAAAAGGAGUGUUUGACUGUCGAAAAAAUGUAUUGGGCCACAUGCAGCAGGGUGGUGCACCUUCGCCGUUUGAUAGAAACUUUGGGACAAAAAUUUCUGCAAAAGCUAUGCAGUGGAUCUCCAAAAAACUGAAAGAAACCUACCGAAAAGAAGAAGGAAAAGUAUUUGCCAAUACUGAUGACUCCGUCUGCUUGCUGGGAAUGCGUAGACGCAACCUUGUUUUCCAACCGGUGGCUGAGCUUAAGACUGAAACAGACUUUGUACACAGGAUUCCCAAGGAGCAGUGGUGGCUGAAGCUGCGGCCACUGAUGAAAAUCUUGGCCAAGUACAAGACUAGUUACGAUGUUUCAGAUUCAGGCCAGCUGGAGCAUGUUGCUAUGCACAGCCCAAAGGAAGCAGAAACUGGAGCUAUCUAAAGAUAUCACCUAUAGAUUAUUGUAAUAGAUGCACAUUGUGAGUAACAAUGCUUUAGAAAUCAUUACAGCUUUGUUUUGUAACAUUUAAAUUAUUGUACCAGCACUUUAUGUGAAACAAGAUAUUUGGAUGUCACACAGAUUUUGUCCUGUAUUUGUGUUAUGUUUGAAACAAACCCUAGCAUCUAAUGGAUAAGCACCAUUUACUGAUACUACCCUUAACAAAAAGUGGAACACUGUUCUAUGCACUCUGUAAGUUACUCAUCUACUGCACUUUGUUUCAGAGUACUUACACCCAAAAUGUAAGUGUAGAUGGCCAGCUUUGUGUUGUUACAGGAUGUGCUUAAUGUUAUCUGAAGUGAAAUAAAGUACUGUUGCAAACAUCA